AUGCAAGCUGCUGACCUCGCAGUGAAGCAGGGCCGUGUAAUGUCCUGCGUCAACAGGCUGGCAGGCACCUUUGAGAUGGGCAAGUCGGAGGAACCAGUGACUGCCAUGGCCUCCUCGCACCAUGUCAAGCCGGCCUACUACAAUGACGGCUGGCGUCACGGAGGCAUCAACAUGUGGAUGGAGGACCAGCUAGGUGGAAAUUGGAUGAACGUCUCAGCGCUAAAACAAUACACCUACGCCAGCGGCCGUCUCAAGCCCCGAGUGCUGACCAAGCUUCGGAUGUCCGACCACAAGCGUGCUGUCAAGUAUAUCAAGCGCUUCCGUCGAUUGGGCAUCAUGCCAUACCACCGCCUCUUGGCCAAGAUCGAGAAGGACCCGGAAGCCAAGCGCCCGGCAAGGAAGGGCACAGGUUCCGGCACGUUCGGCUUUCGCCGGGACACACCUUCCCAAAAGGGGGUAAGCGCAGAAGUGGACGAGCUCGAGAAAAGCGGCUAG